CCAGACCAACAUACACACGAACAUUUCUCGUACGCAUUUUGACGCAGUACCCAUUGACUUAUACUAUAUUGCUGAUCCUAAGGCAAACAGUGGCAGAAAAAUCUCAUUAACAGUUAGAGGUUUACUAGAUUUUAGGUCAAUCACACGCGUUUUCCGUAGUAAGUACCUCUGUCGUCGACAGGCACAGGGGGGUCGGUCGCACAAGCUAAGCCAGUAGGCGCAGAUAAGCGACUUACUACGCGGACAUUUUUAAUUAGUUUCUAGUUUCAUCACUGCUCCGCCAGAUAGACUGCUUGAACUGAAUUUGUUAAUCUAUUGGUCUAUGACUAUUAUUAUCUUUGUGCCCUUCGCGUUGCGAUCUUCCCACCAUCGUGCGUUCCGGAACAUUGGUGAACCCCCCCUGAACCGAAGGAAUUGAAAUAAGACACCAUCAGCGGGAGAUAAGAUGUCGCUGUCGAAGCCGUUCUACAGUCUGCUGGGAGCGUACUUUGAACAGUUGUUCAAUCACCCGGUUCGAACCAAGUCCAUCACCAGCUGUGUCAUCGCCACCUCGGCCAACUACUGCUCCCAGAAGAUAGCCGGCACGAAAAAAGUUAACACCGACACACUGGUCGCCUACGGGCUGUUCGGGCUGAUUUUCACUGGACCGCUAUCGCACCUGUUCUACCAAUGGCUCGAGCGGGUAACGAACGAUCGCCGCUUCAAGCAGUUACUGAUGCUGCUGGGUGAGCGGGCCCUCUUUGCUCCGGUCAUCACCGCCCUAUCGCUCUACUUCAUCACCCGGUUCGAGGGCAAAAGCCACGAGGAUGGUGUCAGCAACCUAAAUGACCUGUACAAGCUGAUCGUGGUUAACAAUUGGAAGUACCUCACGCUCCCGGUGCUGAUCAACUUCCGAUUUGUGCCUCCGAUGCUACGCGUGCUUGUCGCCAACAUCAUCGGAUUCUGCUGGAUCGUCUUCCUGUCGGCGAAGCGCCGAAAGGCCGAGCUUAUCCGCCGCCAGGCGGAGGCCCAGCGAAACUCCUGAGUGACGGAGAACGUCACGUUCUGGCCGUUCGCCGUCUUGACGGGGAAACGCUGGAACGACGACGACGAUGUUGACAACUACGUAGCACCGGACAAGCCCACGUCGUACGAGAAGCUGGCCGGGGGCAUAUCAACGUAGAGAUUCUUUUCAAAUUCGAGCGACAACCACAAAAACAAAAACCAAACAGCAAAAUUCUGAACAAUUUCGCAGCAAUCAGUUUUUUUUAUCUUCAAUUAUUGUUUAAAAUCGGAAUUAGUGCAUUCCAAUAAGUAACGAGGGGGGUGUUAUGGUUAUAGGAAAUAAGUUCCGGCGAUUUACAAACACUGCAAAUGACAGUGGAGAAAUUUAGCGAGCCAGUAACAACAAUAACAGAAACCGAGAACAACAAAUUAGCAAAAUUACAAAAGGACAUAUGCUUACAAGACAAAAUAUAACAAAAGAAAACCAGCAGCCUUUUUUAAAUUUGCGCAUAUAAAUAAAUACUUAGGUAAACACAUAUUCACGAAGCUAGCACACGCGCGAGCUGUCGGCGAGCAACAUUAAAGAAGUAAACUAAGAUAUGUUUCAAAACAUAGGAGAAACUUGUUCAAGCAUUUAAAAAGUAAUAACAACAAAUAGAGAAAAAAAUAAUCAAAUUUGCUUCCUUGGUAAAAUAAUGCAAUAAUAAUCAUCAGUGACGCAGCUGAAUGGCGGUGAGGAUGAAUUCCUGUUUUUAAUUAUUGAUUAUCUAGUAGCAAUCAGAGCAUUCACACUGCAACAUUUGUAACGUGUUUGAUUCAUUGCGAUAUAACAUCUAGGAUUAUAGGGAAAGACUUUUUUCUGUUACACAUUUUUUUGUUCUUGGAUGUAAGUUUAGUAAGAUGAUGGGGUAAAUAAAAGCAUUUUAUAUCACACAA